UAUUUGCUUAGCAACGCACUCGGAAACGGAAAGCUGUUAUAGUUUUGUAUUUUCAUUUCUGGGUUUUAUUUGAUUUAAGAAAUUUAAUCUCAACUUAUAACUUUAUUUAGUUUAAUUAGUUUUCAUUUUUUGGUGUAAUUUAUUAAGUAAAAUGGCCAAGUCAAAGAAUCACACUAAUCACAAUCAAAACCGAAAAGAUCACAGAAAUGGAAUUAAGAUGCCCAAAAGGUUCCGAAAGGAAUCCAUGAGAGGGGUUGACCCAAAACUUCUCCGUAAUCUUAAGUUCGCACGUAAGGGUAACAAAUCAAGGGUUGAACUUGCUGCUAUCCGAAAAGAAAGAGGAAUUGAUCAACCAGCAAUCAAAAGUGCUCCAAAAGCAAAAUAGACUACUGGAAUUGUGUUUCAAUGAGAUAGACAGUUUUUCAAAAUUAACUAUUAAAUGGAUAAUUUAAAAAAAUAA